UCUGUCUUUUCCCUGUGUCCCAUUUAUUUCGUGUGCUUUUGGUUAUUUUUUUCUCCCUCAGAGGCCUGAAUAUUAAUCCAAGGACAAGAUGGCAGAUUCAUCAUCAUCUUCCUUCUUUGCUGAUCUUGGGCUGCUAUUGUAUUUGGAGGAGCUAAACAAAGAGGAAUUAAAUACAUUCAAGUUGUUUCUAAAGCAGACCAUGGAACCUGAGCACGGCCUGAUACCCUGGACAGAAGUGAGGAAGGCCAGGCGGGAGGACCUGGCCAACUUGAUAAAGAAAUAUUAUCCAGGAGAGAAAGCCUGGAGUGUGACUCUCAAAAUAUUUGGCAAGAUGAAUCUGAAAAAUCUGUGUGAGAGAGCAAAAGCAGAGAUCAACCGGUCGGCCCAGAGUAUAGGACCAGAUGAUGCCACCGCUGAAGACACACAAAGAGAUCAGGAGGCAGUGCUGGGUGAUGGAAGAGAAUACAGAAUUCAAAUAAAGGAAAAAUUUCGCAUUGCAUGGGACAAGAAAUCUUUGGCUGGACAGCCCAAAGAUUUCCAUCAUAGAAUUACUCAGGAAGACAGAAAACUGUUGGAACAGUUGUUUGAUGUGGAUGUCAAAACCGGUGAACAGCCACAGACAGUGGUGCUUCAGGGAGCUGCUGGUGUUGGGAAAACAAUCUUGGUGAGAAAGGCAAUGUUGGAUUGGGCAGAGGGCAAUCUCUACCAGCAGAGGUUUACGUAUGUUUUUUAUCUCAAUGGGAGAGAAAUUAACCAACUGAAAGAGAGAAGCUUUGCUCAACUGAUAUCAAAAGACUGGCCCAGCACAGAAGGCCCCAUUGAAGGGAUCCUAUCCCAGCAAAGUAGCCUCCUGUUUAUUAUUGACAGUUUCGAUGAACUGAACUUUGCCUUUGAAGAACCCGAGUUUGCACUGUGUGAGGACUGGACUCAAGAACACCCAGUGUCCUUCCUCAUGAGUAGUUUGCUGAGGAAAGUGAUGCUCCCUGAGGCAUCCUUAUUGGUGACAACGAGACUCACAGCUUCUAAGAGACUAAAGCAGUUGUUGAAGAAUCACCAUUAUGUAGAGCUACUAGGAAUGUCUGAGGGUGCAAGAGAGGAGUAUAUUUACCAGUUUUUUGAAAAUAAGAGGUGGGCCAAGAAAGCAUUCAGUUCACUAAAAAACAAUGAGAUGCUGUUUAGCAUGUGCCAAGUCCCCCUGGUGUGCCUGGCCGCUUGUACUUGUCUGAAGCAGCAAAUGGAGAAGGGUGGUGAUGUCACAUUGACCUGCCAAACAACCACGGCUCUAUUUACCUGCUAUAUCUCUAGCUUGUUCACACCAGUGGAUGGAUGCUCUCCUAGUCUACCCAACCAAGCCCAGCUGAGAAGCCUGUGCCAUGUUGCUGCCAAAGGAAUAUGGACUAUGACUUAUGUGUUUUACAGAGAAAAUCUCAGAAGGCUUGGGUUAACUAAAUCUGAUGUCUCAAGUUUUCUGGACAGGAAUAUUCUUCAAAAGGAUGCAGAAUAUGAAAACUGCUAUGUAUUCACCCACCUUCAUGUUCAGGAGUUUUUUGCAGCUAUGUUCUAUAUGUUGAAAGGCAAUUGGGAAUCUGGGGACCCUUCCUUCCAUCCUUUUGAAGACUUGAAGUCAUUACUUCAAAGCACAAGUCAUAAAGACCCCCAUUUGACACAGACCAAGUGCUUUUUGUUUGGCCUUUUGAAUAAAAAUCGAGUAAAACAACUGGAGAAGACUUUUAACUGUAAAAUAUCACUGAAGAUAAAAUCAAAGUUACUUCAGUGGAUGGAAGUACUAGGAAAAAGUGAAUAUUCUCCAACACAUCUGGGAUUUCUGGAGUUGUUUCACUAUCUGUAUGAGACUCAAGAUAAAGCAUUUAUAAGCCAGUCAAUGAGAUAUUUCCAAAAGGUUGCCAUUAAUAUUUCUGAGAAAAUCCAUUUGCUUGUAUCUUCCUUCUGUCUUAAGCACUGCCGGUGUUUGCAGACCAUCAGGCUGUCUGUAACUAUGGUAUUUGAGAAGAAGUUAAAAACAAGCCUCCCAACUAACACUUGGGAUGGUGAUCGCAUUGCUCAUUGUUGGCAAGAUCUCUGUUCUGUGCUUCAUACAAAUGAACACUUGAGAGAAUUGGACCUGUCCCAUAGCAACCUUGAUAAAUCAGCAGUGAAUAUCUUUUAUCAAGAACUAAUGCACCCAGACUGCAAACUACAAAAGCUACUGUUGAAAUUUAUCACUUUCUCUGAUGGUUAUCAGGAUAUUUCUACUUCUUUGAUUCAUAACCAGAAUCUGAUGCAUCUUGACCUAAAAGGGAGUGAUAUAGGGGAUAAUGGAGUAAAGUCAUUGUGUGAAGCCUUGAAACACCCAGAUUGUAAACUACAGACUCUCAGGUUGGAAUCCUGCAAUCUAACUGUAUUUUGUUGUCUAAAUAUAUCUAAUGCUCUCAUCAGAAGCCAGAGCCUGAUAUUUCUGAAUCUUUCAACCAAUAAUCUGUUGGAUGAUGGAGUGCAGCUUUUGUGUGAGGCCUUAAGACAUCCAGCAUGUUAUCUAGAGAGACUGUCCUUAGAAAGCUGUGGUCUCACAGAGGCUGGCUGUGAGGAUCUUUCUUUGGCUCUCAUCAGCAAUAAAAGACUGACACAUUUGUGCUUGGCAGACAAUGUCUUGGGAGAUGGUGGAGUAAAACUUUUAAGUAAUGCCUUGCAACAUCCACAAUGUAUUCUACAGAGCCUUGUGCUGAGGUGUUGUCAUUUCACUUCACUUAGCUCUGAGCAUCUGUCAGCUUCUCUUCUACACAACAAGAGCCUGACGCAUCUGGAUCUAGGAUCAAACUCUCUACAAGACAAUGGAGUGAAGCUUCUGUGUGAUGUCUUUCGGCAUCCAAGCUGCAAUCUUCAGGAUUUGGAAUUAAUGGGCUGUGUUCUCACUAAUGCAUGUUGUCUGGAUCUGGCUUCUGUUAUUCUGAACAACCCAAACCUGAGGAGUCUGGACCUUGGGAACAACAAUUUGCAGGAUGAUGGAGUGAAAAUUCUGUGUGACGCUUUGCAACAUCCAAACUGUAACAUUCAGAGGCUUGGUUUGGAAUACUGUGGUUUGACAUCUCUCUGCUGUCAAGAUCUUUCCUCUGCUCUUAGCAGCAACCAAAGACUGACAAAAAUGAACCUGACACAGAAUAUCUUAGGAUAUGAAGGAAUUGGGAAGUUAUGUGAAGUCUUGAAGUCUUCUGAGUGUAAACUACAAGUUCUAGGGUUGUGCAAAGAGGCAUUUGAUGAGAAAGCCCAGAAGCUGCUGGAAGCUGUGGGAGUUAGCAAUCCACACUUAAUCAUUAAGCCAGAUUGUAACUAUCAUAAUGAAGAAGAUGGGUCUUGGUGGCGGUGUUUCUGAUUUGAAGAACCUGACAUUCCAAUCAAUCAAUAAAUAAAUACUGGCACUUGGGUGCUUAACAUUAGAUACUCUAUGCCCAGAGAUAGUGCACUUGGUAACUUGUGAUACUGUUCACCCACUUCUCUGUAAAAUGUUCUACUUCACACAGGGGUUGAAAGGCUAAAAUAAAAUGAAAAGCAUCAAACUCUCUGGAAAGUAUAAUAUGUUUUUAAUUGGAGAUAGAGCUUAAGAAUGAAGAUAAGGGAAGCCUGGAUAUGAGGCUGAAGGAUGGGGACUGGGAAGAUCAGUUAAAGUGUCUUGUUUUUUCCUUACUUCCACUGACCUGGUUUAGUUUGCAGCCCGCUAUCUCUGGCACCUUUUAUUAAAAUGUGUCUCCAUGUGUGUUUUUGGAAUCACCAGUGUCAAGAUCACUUGGGUAUCUGUCUUAAAAUGGAGAUUCCUGAACCCCACACUAGACUUACCAAAUCAGAAUGUCUGGGUGAGGGCCCUGAGGAACCAGCAUGUUUUAUAAUUUCCCAGGCAAAUUCUUAAGUAUAGUAAUAGUUGAGAAUCACUAGUUUAAGUAGAAAUGGGAGUCUACUUCUACAAUAAAUACUUUCUGUAGCUUAUCGUAAAGAUAAGGAAAUUAAUUUCCUUUAAGAGGAUAUAAGGUUAUUUGGGGUAGAGCU